AAUGGACUAUAAUAACAUUGGCAGGGCAUGUCAAAGUCCUCAUAUACUCAACAGAAUCAUCACGAUCAUAACAGGUAUUUGGAGAUGUUAAAGGCAGAAUUUCAGAAGAAGUUCGAAGAUCCACCGGAAUUUGAGAAAACUCCGGAUAAUUACGAUAGAAUAAAAGCAAUCGGUAACGGUGCAUACGGUGAAGUGUUUUUAGUAAGGGACAAAAGUACUUUCACAUAUCACGCAAUGAAAGUUGUUGAUAAAGAAGUUGUCGUAGAAAGAAAACACGUCAAACAUUUGAUACUGGAGAAAAAAAUCCUACAGUGUGUGCAGUUCCCCUUUCUUGUAACCCUGGACGUCGCUUUUAAAGACAACUUGUAUCUCUAUUUCAUACUUCCCUACAUAUCGGGCGGAGAAAUGUUCACGUAUAUACAAAAGUAUGGGAACUUCUCAGAUAACCUAUCAAAAUUCUAUGCCAGUCAAGUAGUUUUAGCCUUAGAAUAUAUGCAUUACUGUCAAAUAGUGCAUAGAGAUCUAAAACCAGAAAACAUAUUGGUGGAUACAAAUGGCUAUAUAAAACUUUGUGAUUUUGGAUUUUGUAAAGUAUUGAAGAAAAAAACGUGGACGUUAUGUGGGACUCCUGAGUAUUUAGCACCAGAAGUGAUAAUGUCUAAAGGAUAUUCAUUCCCAGUAGACUGGUGGGCGUUAGGUGUAUUAAUUUUUGAAAUGCAAGCUGGACACCCCCCGUUCUUUGCGUCUGAUCCAAGCAAGCUAUAUGAGAAAAUUCUUGAAGGUUCAUACAAAUGCCCAGAUUCAAUUAGCCCAGAAGCCAAAGGACUAAUAAAAGGACUACUCCAAACAGAUCAAACAAAGCGUUUAGGAUCAUUAAAAGGAGGAGUGUAUGAUAUAAAAAGUCAUUCUUGGUUUAAUGAUAUUAUUUGGCAAUCAAUUUUGCAUCAACGUGUUGAGCCACCGUUCAUUCCAAUUUGUCCAUCACCAGGAGACACAAGUAAUUUUCCAGAAAUAGCUCAACCCAAGUUGAGACGAGCGUCUAAAUGCCUCUACGAAAAAGAAUUCGAAGAUUUUUGAUAAAUUGGCCAAAUAAGUGCCACGUUGGUUGAGAGUUAAUUACUGAUAUUUUUUGCGAUUAGUUUUUAUUGUAUAGUUAAUAUAUUUUGUAU